AGUGAUCCAACUCUGUAUGGUGCUCAGAGACUUCUGGUAUAACCUAGUAUGGAGGAGUCAUCAAACCACAAGCCAGCUGCUACCACUCCACCCAAUGGAAUAACGGUCUCCAUCACCGACUACAACCAAACUAAUGGGUACCAACGCCCCGCCGACAAGACUCUUAUUCCGGAAUACUGGAAAACCUUGUGGAGUUACGUCUAUCUCAACAUUGUGGUAUUCACCAUGUGCUAUGCUACUGUCGUCACACAUCGGGAAGCACCCGAUCGUCACAUACACCCACCCCUCCCCGAUCGAUUUAUGGACAAUUUGCCUAAUAUUACUUGGGGGACAAAGGGCGCUGAGAUCUGCAUUAUGGUGCUAGCUUUCGUCAUGUUCGGCCUUUUGGUCUUUCAUAAACAUAGGACUAUUGUCUUCCGGAGAUUUUGCAUAAUCUUUGCGACUGUGUACAUCAUGCGUAUAUCAACGAUGUUAAGCACAGCACUCCCAGUACUACCGCCACCAAGUGAAUGCACCACACAGCCUACAGAUACCUUUUAUGAGAGGCUUGCUCUCACCUUCUCUUUAUGGAUGAAAUCUGGUUCGCGUUUAAAUGGUAUUAAAAUGUGCGGAGAUUACAUGUUUAGUGGACAUAUAACAUCUUUAACCCUCGCCAAUCUAAUGAUUAUUGAAUACUCUCCGAGUAAUUUCUUCGUUUUGCGUUGUUUUGCAGUCGUCGUCAACGUCGUGGGGUCCUACAUCCUGGUCGUUGGCAGGGGACACUACACGGUAGACGUCAUCAUCGCUGUUAUUCUCGUUUUCGUUGUCUUUCAAUAUUAUCACACACUCACUAGCCUUUACGUCUUUACAAAGAGCAGCAAUAAACUCCGCUGGUUUCCUUUCCUUUGGUAUUUCGAGCGUAACGUGUGUUGCACCGUACCAAAUGAGUUCGAGAUGCCCCGUCUUUCACACUUCUUUACAAGGGGGAAAUAAAAACUUUCAAAACUUUUAUGAAUGAUAUAUAUCUACGUGCCUUGAUCAAGUUGAUGGUUCUGUUCCAAUCUGUUAGUUAUGAGGAUUGUUUUAUACUUAACAACAAGUUAUGAACACCAAAAGGAGACGCCUCAUACUUUUAAAUUUGUGGAAUGGAGGAUGGCUGGUCAAAACUGAAGGUAAAGAGGCUGAUGUGCUGGGGGCGCCGAGUUCCUCAAAAUUAUAUUCUGUCGCCUAGCCUUGACGUCGUCAUCUUGAUUUUUUUUUAUUACAACGCUUAACCAAGACGGAGACCAUAUCCAGUGUUGUAUUCACAGAAUAUUCAGUCCAACAUAAUGGCUGAAAGGCGCCCCACACAAUCACCCUCGCGCACACAACUCGUUGCACGGAUGUGCUUCAAGCGUGCGUGUAUUUGUAUGGGUGUGUGAGGAGUGUAUGCGUGGCUAUUGAAACUAAAAACAAGGCGGGACGUUUACAUUUGGUCCACUAUCGUAUCGUAGGGUGAUCGUAUCCUGCAUGGUACGAACACCAAAGCUUGGCGUACGAAGAUCAUACGAUUUUCUUAUGGAUUCACGAUCAUCGUACGGUCUACAGGUUUGUUAACCGCGGAGUUAUACAUUUUUUUCCCCCUCAAAAUCAUUGGAUCGUAGCCCUUAAAUAAACCGAAGAGGUAUCAUACGAUCAAUGCUGGGACAUCGUACAAUAAAUGGGCAUCGCACGAUCAACGCAAUGGCAUGGAAUAUUGUACGGGAAUCGUACGAUCAGCGCAUUGGACAUCGUACGAUUUCUGCAUGUUUGUAUGGUUCGUGUCUUUUGCCCUCUACGUUGCAAAAGACAAGAAAUCGUACGAUGGUCGUACGAUGGUCGUUACUGACGUAAACACAAAAAUUGCAGCCCGUAGCAACCUACGAUGUCACCAAAAACCGUAGACCAAUCCAUCAUACAAUAUUCGUAGGAAAUGUAUUAACGAGAACGUGGUUGCGAGCGAAGGAUUUUGCGUUAAUAAUUUGUUCUGAAAGAGGCUGACAAGGAUUUUUAUAAAUGUAACCAUGACAACGCCCGCAGUUGAUAUAUUACAUAUUACGUAAAGGACAAGUCCACCCCAACAAAAAGAUGAUUUGAAUAGAAAGAGAAAAAUCAAACAAGAAAAAAUGAGGGGAAAAAAGACAGUUUUAACCUUAAAGGUCAAGUCCACCUCAGAAAAAUGUUAAUGUAAAUCAAUAGAGAAAAAUCAGACAAGCAGAAUGCUGAAAAUUUUAUCAAAAUCGGAUCUGAAAUAAGAAAGUUAUGAAAUUUUAAAGUUUUGCUCAAUUUCAUAUGUACAUCCUGGUCAGUAUGCGAAUGAGGGGACCGAUGACAUCACUCACUCACUAUUUCUUUUGUAUUUUAUUUUAUGAAAUAUGAAAUAUUUGAAAUUUCUCCUCAUUGUCAUGCAGAAAAUAUUUCAUUCCUCCCUGAACAUGUGGAAUUAUAUUGUUUAAACAUUUUGUGGUUCAAAGAAGAUGGUCAUAAUUUUCAAAUCCGUAAAAAUGAAAUAUUGUAUAAUUCAAACAGUAAAAAACAAAAGAAAUAGUGAGUGAGUGACAUCAUCGACUAUUUCAUUUGCACAUCACUGAGUUGAGCAUAGAACUGUUUUGUGAAAAAUAAACUACACUUUAAAAUGUCAUAACUUUCUUAUUUUCCAUCCGAUUUUGAUGAAGUUUUCAGCAUUCUUCUUGUUUGAUUUUUCUCUUUUUGUUCAAAUAUUUUUUUCUAGGAUGGACUUUACCUUUAAGCAACAAAACAAAUAUAGGAGACGACAAUUCUUGAACAAGCAACUUCAACCCAAUAUGUCUAUAAAUUAUGUGUUUAAUUAUUGGUCACUUGGAACGACACAUACGGUAAUUAUAAGCACUUACAAACUGUGUUGGACAAUGUCCAACACAGUUUGUAAGUGCCAAAAUGCUUAAUGAACAGCAUACGUCCGAACUGUUGUUAAGGAUUGGUUGGUUAAAACAUUAACCAACCACUUUAAGAGUGCAUAUAAUUGACAAGGCGGACCUACAAUACCGUAUGAGAGUUACAGUGCGCGUAUGGGAAAGUUUCUUACUUGAUCAUGUAGAUAUCGAUGGCGCUUUUAUUCCUUUAUAUGUGUUAUUGUUUUACUUCCAGUUACCAUAAAUAAGCACUGGAAUUAAAACUAAUGAAAUGGAGUAAAGGUCCUCAUGUUUAGAUAUUUAUUUUUUGUAACAGCACAAUGAGAUUCGAGAUC